AUGAAUGAAAACAACAUUGGGCUUUGGGCUUUUCAGUCUUUCAUUUCGCCUUGCAAAACUUUAAAGAAUGAGGAGCAAGAUGAGUCAAAGGAAGCAGAAUGCAUUGAUAAGACCGCGGUGGUGGGACCACCGACACCGUUGCCUGCUAUUAGAAAACGUGCUUCAAAAGGAGGAAGCUCCCUGACCAACAAAAUAAGCCACUCAAAUACAAAAGCUGUGAUCAGAGUUGUGAAAGAUAAAUUGCAACAAGUUUCAGAAUUAGCUGAGAAAUCACUGUAUUUCACCCGCUCAAUUUCUCAUCAAGUGUCAAAUGCUUUUGAAUUGGUUCAAGGUCAGGGAGCGAGUAGUACAAGUGCUCAGCUGAAAGGUCGUGGCAAAAGGGUCUCUCAAGAGGGUAAUAAAAAGCUGUAUCCGAAGACAACUAAGGAGACAACCAGAGCCUGGAGAAAGUUACUGAAGAAAGCUAUUGAUGAAAGUUGUGGCUCAGUGGAAGAUGAAAUAUUACAAGUUUUCCACGAGAAGGUUCAAUCGUUUGUAAGUAAAGUGGGCACCGUUCAGGGUGAAAGAGUAUACUUCCCAUGGAAAGGAUCAGUUUUGGACUCAGUUAUUGGUGCAUUUUUGACUCAGAGGGUCGGUGACAACUUCUCGAGCUCUGCUUUCAUGUCACUUGGUGUGAGCUUUCCCCAGUCUCUUGAUUGUAGUACUUACAGCCGGCACCAUAGAAUUCUAAGAGAGAGAAGAUCAAUAGGUGACCAUUCUUGCCAAAAGCAGGAUACAAAGGGGAAUAAAUUGGUGUUGGGAGCUGAAAAAAGGAAAUCUUCUGUUGUGAAGAAAAAGGAAACCUCAAGGAAAUCUUCUGUUCCUAGGAAGGUAAAUAUUAAGCCUGACUGGAACACCUUGAGGACACUAUAUUCUGGCAACACACAAGGAGAAAGAAGCACUGAUGGAAUAGAUUAUGUAGACUGGCACGCUGUUAGGCGAGCAGAUGUUGAGGAUAUUUCCAAUGCCAUCAAACUAAGGGGCAUGAACAACAAGCUAGCUAAGCGUAUCAAAGAGUUUCUGGACCGACUUAUGAUGGAUCAUGGAAAUUUGGACCUAGAAUGGAUGAGAAAUGUCCCCCCUCCUCGAGCGAGGGAAUUUCUUCUUAGCAUAUUUGGACUAGGGAUGAAGAGUGCACAAUGUGUCCAACUUUUAACACUUAAGCAACCUGCAUUUCCUGUUGAUGUAAAUGUUGCUCGUGUGACUGCACGUCUCGGGUGGGUUCCGGCCCCACCGGAUACCAGUGAUGAGCUUCAAAUGACUGUUUUGGAAGAGAGUUCUAUGCUUCACAAUUUGAUAAAUCAAUACCUUUUGCCACGGUUGUGCAAACUUGACCACAAGACCUUGUAUGAAUUGCAUUAUCACAUGAUUACCUUUGGGAAGGUCUUUUGUACAAAGCAGAAACCUAGCUGUGCUGAAUGUCCCUUGAGAAAAGACUGCAAAUAUUAUGCUGAUAUCGACAUAGAAAACUUUGGUGGCGUCGAUGGGGCUAAGACUCAAAAGAAGUCGACGAAAGCUAAGCUGGAACUGUUCAAAUCAAGAAAUGAAAAACAGAAAGGUGUGGAAAACGAUCAUGACUACUCCCACAAAGGCGAUGUUGAAGCUCCAAAAACUCCACUGAAAAAUCAAUCACUCCUGAAAAUGAGACGACAAGGACAAAAGCACACAAAAAUUUCUUCUUCAACAGGAAGACAACCCAAAAAAAGUCGAACAAGGACACAACACUACGUCUAUGAACUUCAUGAUUGCCAUCCAAUUCUAGAAAAGUUUGAUGAUCGUGAUUCCGAUGAUUUAUCUCCAUAUCUUCUUAUUACAUGGGAAUCAAGGGAUCCAUUGGGAAAUAGCACUCCGUCUUCAAGUCUUAGUCAUGUAACCCGGUCUCAGACAGUGCCAGGAACAGUUUUGAUCCCAUACAGAACAGCAUUGAGAGGGAGCUUUCCACUAAAUGCAACUUAUUUUCAGAUAAACGAGGUUUUCGCUGAUCAAGAGACCAGCCGAAUGCCAAUAGAUGUUCGCUGUAAAACAUUGGAGCAACUUCCGAGGAAAACUUUGUACUGUGGGAGUGAUUUAUUCAAUAUUGUUAAAGGUUUAACAGCGGAUGAGGUCAAAAGCCUUUUCACUGGAGGUUAUAUAUGUACAAGGGGUUUUGACCGGGAAACAUUAGCUCCUGUUACUUUAGAAAGGCGAUUGCAUAUGUCGUCCCAGAGUAAAAAGAAAAAAAGGAAUCAAUAGUGGAUUGCAUCGCUCAUCGCUGCAUUACCCUGGUUAUAAUGUUAUAUAUGUACAAAGGGUUUUGACAGGGAAACAUUAGCUCCUGUUACAUUAGAAAGGCGAUGGCAUGUGUCGUCCCAGAGUAAAAAGCAAAAGAAGAAGCAAUUGUGGAUUGCAUAGCUCAUCCCUACAAACUUAUGCACUUACAGUUUAGAAGAUUCAUUGGGUCAUUGUUCAAUGCAUCUAAAAGGACUCAUACUUUUGCAAAUGCGUAGAAUCCAUUAUACAAGUUUCAUAGUAUGAGUGCUAAAUAUUACUAGUCUUUGUGGAAAGUAUUUAGAUAAGAACGAAGGAUUAAAUGAAGCUAUGCAAGCAUUGAAAGAAUAUAGGAGACGGAAAUGAAGUCUUGAAUCUUGAAGAGGUGUGGUUUAAUAUGGCUCGACGGAGGCUAACACUUGAAUCCAGUAUGCCUUUCAUGUUUCCAUCACAGAGAAAUAUGGUGAGGUUGAUUGAAGGGUAUUCCUAUACUCUGUAUGUUUAUUAUUUAUACUAAAACACAUCCUAGGAAUGACCAAAAACAUUUUUCAAAACAAAAAAAAUCUGUACUUUAUUUAUUUUUUCCUUUUAUAUAAAUUUUUUAUGUGUCUAUAUUAUUAAAGCAGAGUGAUUAUAAAUGAGAG